AUGGCGGCGCGGCGGGGCCCGGGGCCGGUGGCGGCGCUGGCGCUGCUGGCGCUGCUCGGCCCGGGGUGGCCCCUCCGCGGGGCCCGGGCCGCGCUCAACCUGCAGGAGCUCAGCGAGCUCAAGUACGGCCUCGAGAUCCUGGCCGAGCCCGUGCUGGCCGGGCAGCGGCAGGACGUGGUGACGGUGGCAUCGCGGUUCAAGCAGCUCUACGAGUGCCACCUGCCCCCCGCGGCCGUGGCACCGCCCCUGGCACCCCCCCGGGACCCCCGCGGGUACAACGGCUCCGGCGUGGCAGAGCUGCUGCGGCCCAUGGGCACCGCGCCCUGCCUGCUCAAGGUGGGCAUCAAUGGGGGCAUGGGCACCAUGGGCACCGCGCCCUGCCUGCUCAAGGUGGGCAUCACUAGGGGCAUGGGGGAGGGCACUGCGCCCUGCCUGCUCAAGGUGGGCAUCAAUGGGGGGGCAUGGGGAGUGCUGGGGACCAUGGGCACCGUGCCAUACCUGCUCAAGAGAGCCCUGAGCCGGGUGCUGUUCCUGACCCCGCACCUGCCGGCCUUCGUCCUGCGGCGCCGCCUGCGCAGCCACGUCCUGGAGAUCCGGCAGCUGGACCGCGCCCUGCUGCGCCUGGGGCUGGGGCAGCUGAGCGAGGAGGAGCUGCGGGCGGCCUGUUACCUGCGUGGGCUGAACUCCACUCCGCUGGGCCGGGCGCAGUGCCAGGCGUGGCUGGAGCAGUGGCUCAGGCUCUCCUGCCAGCUCCAAGCCUCGGAGGCCUCCCUGCUGGCACACAGCAUGGUCCUGCUGGCCCUGGAGCCGUGCCAGCCCCCGAGGGACAGCCCCGCGUGACCGGAGGGUGACAGGGUGGCACCUGUGUGUCAUCCCCUCCAGGUGGCACUGCCACAGUGACUCAGAGGUGACAGGGUGGCACCUGUGUGUCGUCCCCUCCAGGUGGCACUGCCAUGGUGCUCUGAGUGACCGGGCACUGACAGGUGACACCUGCAUGUGCCCCCCGGACUGUGCUGCCAUGGUGCCCUGCGUGACCAGAGGGGUGGCAGGGUGGCACCUGCGUGUCCCCUCUCCAGACUGUGCCACCAUUGUGCCCCCAGUGACAGGGUGGCACCUGCGUGUCCCCUCUCCAGACUGUGCCACCAUUGUGCCCCCAGUGACAGGGUGGCACCUGCGUGUCCCCUCUCCAGACUGUGCCACCAUUGUGCCCCCCGUGACAGGGUGGCACCCGCGUGUCCCCUCUCCAGACUGUGCUGUGACAGUGACCCAGGGUGGCACCUGCGUGUCCCCACCCCCGCCCAGGCUGUGCCCCCCGCCCCUGGCACAGCUGGCACAGCUGGCACAGCUGGCACAGGCGGUGGCUGUGCUGCUCGGUAAUUAACUGUGUCUCGUUAAUUGUGGGGAGAGAGAGCGGCUCCCGGAGCUGGGGCUUCCUGUGGGACCUGAUGGUGUUCCUGUGGGAUCUGCUGGGGGUUAUUGUGGGAUCUGCUGGGGCUUCCUGUGGGAUCUGCUGGGGGUUCCUGUGGGAUCUGCUGGAGGUUCCUGUGGGAUCUGCUGGAGGUUCCCAUGGGAUUUGGUGGAUGCUUCCCAUGAGAUCUUUGGGAUGCUCCCGUGAGAUCUUCUGGAUGUUCC